AUGAACUCUGCUAACGUAGCUGGAGCUGCUGCCAAAAACACCAAAAACGUACGUGCACGGUCGUCUUUUUCGCGGGUGUUCCAGCGUGCAGAGAGUCCACCAGCGUGCAGAGAAACAGAGCAAGAGCAUGAAGACUCACCCCAGAAGCUCAAAACCCAACCCUCCCCCCGCCCCAUCUUCUCUUGCUCCUUCUUCCGCCACUGCACCCAAACCUCCCUCAGCCCCACCGCCCCCCCCACCACCCACCCUCCCAAGAAAGCCGAGACCUCCUCCUCUUCCUCCUCCUCCUCCACUUCCCAGAGCUUCACCCUCUGGAAGUUCCCACUGAAUUCACCCAUCCACCACCACCACCACCCCGCCCCCUCCGCCCCCUCUCCGCCGCCGCCGCCGCCUCCGCCCCCGUUUCGCCCCGUCCUCCAGGACCUCUUCCACUCGGCCGAGCUCCGGCUGACCACCGGCUCUGGCCCGGACCAGCUCUCCGCCCUCCAGCUCCUGGAGCGCUCCCUGGUGCCGAACCCGCCGCUCGAGCCCGCCUGCCCGCCCGGGCUCAUGCGCGCCGUCGUGAGCUGCAUGCAGGCCCGUGGGCCCAAGUCGGCCACCAAGAUCCUCUUCGCCCUCUGCCUGGCGGAGGGCAACCGCCGCGUGGCGGUGGAGGCCGCCGCCGCGGCGGUCGUGGAGUCCCUGAUGGAGAUGGAGGUGACCGCCGCGGAGAGGGCGCUGGCGGCGCUGGAGCUGAUGUGCACGGUCGCCGAGGGGGCGGCGGAGGUGCGGGCCCACGCCCUGGCGGUCCCCGUGAUGGUGGAGAUGAUGGGGAGGAUGGAGGGCCGCGGGCGGGAGCACGCGAUCGGCGUGCUCGCCGUGAUAUUCUGCGCCGGCGCCGGCGUCGGCGCAGGCGCAGGCGGGGGAGAAGGGGAGGCGGCGGGGGUGGCGCCGCCGGAGGAGGUGGCGCGCGCGGUGAUGCUGGCGCUGCAGGGGGACUGCAGCGCCCGGGGGAGGAGGAAGGGGGCCCAGCUGCUGAAGGCGCUCCAGGAGACCGUCGGAUACGACUCGGGCGGGAGGAUGAACGGCUGCGAUCUGGCCGCCGUGGGAGUCUAGGCGGGGAGGAAAUAUAAUGCGAGCUGCUAUUGCUAAGUGCUAAAGUGGUAAUGUAGCGUAGCGUAGGAAAUGUAGCAAAAGCCUUUUUUCCCUCUUUUUAUCAAUAGAAACGGUUCGAAUUACAGCCGUCUUGCGUAGAAAUU